AAAAAUUUUUCUCUCUGUUUCUGCAUUUAAUUUACACACGUGUUGACUUUUUUUUGUAUUUAAUUUAAUUGCUUUAAUUAAGCAAUUGUUUUGUGUUUAUGGGGUUUUUUAUAUUAUAAGUUAUACUAAUUUAUUGAAUUUCAGUUUGUUUUGAUUGUUCCAAGAAUGGCUAAAACUAGGAAAUCGGAUAAAAAUACACCUACUCGGAUCGGUUUACAAAAGGGUAACCAUUCUCUUAACCCUGAUCGUCCUAGGGAUCCUAAUCAAACACAUUUACGAGAUAAAGCAACUAUCAAAAGACUUUUGGUUUAUAAAAAUUGUAAACCAAUAAGGAAUAGGAAAGGUAAAAUUGUGAAAGCUGCUCCGUUUCAAGACUGGCUUCCAUCGGGAAGUGUAUCUAGAAUUGCUCCAAAUCAGAAAUGGUUCAACAAUACCAGGACAAUCACUCAAACAGCUCUACAGUCUUUCCAAGAUGAAUUGGGAAAAGUUAUUAAUGAUCCUUACCAAGUUGUUAUGAGACAAACCAAUCUGCCAAUUACUCUUUUAAAUGAGAAAGCAAAGAAUACUAAUGUUCAUAUUCUUGAAACUGAAACAUUUUCUAAUACCUUUGGUCCAAAGUCUCAAAGGAAAAGGCCUAACCUCAAAAUAUCUGAUUUAUCUGAAUUGGUAAAUGCUGCUCAGAGCAAAGCGACGGAAUAUAAACCUGAAGAGGACAAAGAUUUGCUUAGUGAAGAAUUUAUACCAAAGGAUGAGCAGAGAGAAGCAAUAAUGAAGAAAGGUACAUCAAGACGUAUCUGGGGAGAACUUUAUAAAGUAAUUGACUCCAGCGAUGUGAUCAUAGAGGUUUUAGAUGCUCGUAAUCCACUUGGUACAAGAUGUCAACAUGUAGAGAAGUUUUUGAAAAAAGAGAAGCCGCACAAGCAUCUUGUGCUUCUGUUAAAUAAGUGUGAUUUAGUACCUGUUUGGGUGACACAAAGAUGGGUUACUAUACUAUCGCAAGAAUAUCCAACGAUGGCCUUCCAUUCCUCUAUUAAGAACUCUUUUGGUAAAGGUGCUUUAAUUAACCUAUUACGACAAUUUGGUAAACUACACAGUGACAAAAAACAAAUCAGCAUUGGGCUCAUUGGAUAUCCAAAUGUUGGUAAAAGUUCUGUUAUCAAUACACUCAGAGCCAAAAAAGUGUGUAAUGUUGCGCCUAUUGCUGGAGAGACGAAAGUUUGGCAGUUCAUUACUUUAAUGAAAAAAAUAUUUUUAAUUGACUGUCCUGGAAUUGUUUAUCCAACUAGUGAUAGUGAUACAGAAAUUGUUUUGAAAGGUGUGGUGAGAGUUGAAAAUAUCAAAGCCCCAGAAGAACACAUUGGUGAAGUCUUGAAAAGAGUGAAAAAGGAAUAUAUUGUCAAAACAUAUAAAAUCGAUGAGUGGGAAAGUACUGAAGAUUUUCUUGAAAAGCUGUGUCGACGUACUGGAAGGUUGCUGAAACGUGCUGAACCUGAUAUAUCAACAGUCUCCAGAAUGGUACUCAAUGAUUUUCAACGUGGUAAACUUCCUUAUUUCGUUAAACCUCCAACUCUUGACGGAACAAAUGAAGAGAAAUCAGAUAAAACUGAAACUCAAGAAUCUUCAGGUGAAAAUGUAACAACUGAACCUUCAGAAAUUUCAAUCGUUAAACAAAAACUUGCUAAGAUUCAGGUUGAGCCUGAAUUCAGUGGAGACGAUGUUAAAACAAUAGAAGAAGAAGAAGGACCAGUCUUCGAUUCCGAUGAUGAAAAUGCUGAAAAUGAAGAAGAUGAUGAAGCUGAGGAAGCUGAAGGCGAUGAAGAUGAUUUAUCAAGUGAAGAAGAGACGCUGAAAGAGUUCAUGGCUCCUCAAGAUAGCAAAAAACGUAAAGCUGAUAGUGAUGAAGAAGCAUCGACUAGUAAAUUGACCUCCAAACAAAAACGAGCCUUAGAAAGGGCCAAAAAAUCAAAGAAGAUCGGUGUUCACUUCUACCAAAAGGUUGAUGUUAAAGGUCGAAGAUCGAGUAAAAAGAAGCAAAAUGAUUAGCUUGCCAAUGGCUCUUAAAUCGUUAUACACCAUCAUGUUUGUUUGUCAAUAAAUUUAUACAACAAUCCUUUAA